AUGCCUUCUUGCGGUGAAUCGCCCCCUCCAAGCAGGAUGGAUCGGUUUUGCCAGCUGCCCCCGGAGCUCCGCGCAGCAGUCGUCGAGCACGUCGUCGACUAUUGGCGCCAUGGCGAUGAGUCCGAUUCCAUCGCCGACUACGCCCUGGUCUGCAAGGAAUGGCAGGCCAUCAUUGAGCGUUUCAACUUUGCCGUCCUCCGAGUCACCCAGGCCAACCUGGACGACUUCGAGACCGCCAUGGUGGGCUCCCGCCGGGGUAUCGUGAAGCAGAUCAACCUACAUGUCGAGCUGCCCGCCUACGACAAUGAUCCCUGCGAAAAGAAGGAGACCUGGGAGGACAAGGCGGAGAACAACGCCUGCUUCACUCGUGCUUUCCACCGUCUCUUCCGCAUCAUGAGCCGCUGGCCCGUCGAAGAGGCCGUCAGCGGCGGUAUCGACUUCACCUUGAGCAUUUCGUCGCCGAGCGACCUUCGUAACGCCAACUUUGAGCUAUGGCAACGACGCAGGUGGAACAUCAAGGACAUCGGCGAGAAGCGCUUUGCCGAUUCCUGGAUAGACUUUGUCGGCCAGGACGAGGAAUUUGACAGGGUCAACCGUUUGCCUGCCGUCAGCGUCAUCAGGUCCUUUACCGUGAGCCCCCAGAACCACCGCGCCUUGAUGCCUGCCGCCCACGCCGACAUUAUCGCGAGACUACCAGGGUUGCAAGAAGCCCGCUUCGACAUUACCAAGGAUCGCAAGAAAGAGGCACGCAAAAUCCACUUUAACCAAUUCGCCGGGUCCAUGAACAAUUGGCCCAUCUCGCUCAAGUCGCUCAUAAUCGCCAGUAACACCAUCUCGUCGUGGCGUCAGAUCCCCCACGAGACUCUGGCCGAGGGCGACAGCGGCGCCAAGCUGUGUGAAAGGCUCCGCUCUGCCGCCCAGCACCUCAAGCACUUGAACAUCACCAACGUCGUGCGGAUUCGCGAGUUUCUCCGCCCCUACUGGCCUCUGGGCAUGGAAGAUACGGAGCCUUUCCUAACCAACCGUCCCUACUAUCCGGAGUUCUGGCACCUUGAGACACUGCAUAUAUCGUAUGGCUCCAUUUGGUACAACACGGAGUGGCACAAGCAGGGCGACAAUAUCAACGAGUCUUCCGAGCUUGUCGAUUUCCGCCAGAACGUCUCGCUCGCCGCCGCUCGAAUGGCGUACAUGAUGCCCCGGCUGAAGCACCUGACCAUCAAGCAGCGGCCGCUUAUGUGGGCGGGCAAGCACGAGCUCGAGUACCGGGUCGAGAAGGAGAACGGGAAGCCGACCAAAGCCACGCUCAUCUGGACUAGCACGUUCGAUUUUAAGCCUUGGGAGCGGACCGUCGAGGCAUGGACCGAAGUGGCGGCCCGGUAUACCGGAUCGAAGCUCGGAUCCCACGUCAGGAAGGCCUCGUGGCUUACGGAUGGCAAAGCGCCUCUGUUGCCGUCUCUUACCUUCUAG